AGAUCCGUGGUUGUAGUCCGAUCAGAGAGUCUGAAUGUCAGGAUCAGGAAACCUAAUAAUUAAAAAGAAGCUAGCUCAGUAGAAUUUCAGACAUGGCAAUGGCAUCUACUGUAAUCAGUUCAGUUCCUACCACUGCAUCUCGUUUUGCUUUACUACAAGUCGAAAGUGAUACUGAUUUGAAGUCUGGAAAAGGAAGAAGUGGCCGAGGUGCCAGUAAAUCUCAGGCGUCAGGGGGAAGAUCAUCUGCAAAUGAGAAAAAAAAAAUGAAAAGGAGAAAAAAGAAAGAACAGCAGCAGAUUGAGGCCAAUGAGCUCAGAGGCCUAGCUUUUAAAAAGAUUCCUCAGAAAUCCUCACAUGGAGGCUGUCUAUCUCAGCAUGAACAAAAACCACACACUGCAGUGCAGAAGGACUAUAAGGAAGAAAAUUGGCAGGAGUGGAGACAAAGAGAUGAGCAGCUGACAUCUGAAAUGUUUGAAGCUGAUCUUGAAAAAGCUUUGCUGCUAAGCAAACUGGAAUAUGAAGAGCACAAAAAGGAAUAUGAAAACGGUGACAAUACUUCAUCUCAGUCAAAGUCUGUGAAUAAGAAAGAGAAAAAGAACCAGCAAGGAAAAGACAAACCUCUCACUGUGUCUCUGAAAGACUUUCAGUCAGACAGUAACAUAGAUCAUCUUGCUAAAAAACAUGAGAAACCGAACUCUUCUCAGUCUUCAUUGCAUGAUGGAGGAUUCUUCAACGGGCUGGAAGAUGAUGUUCACAAAAUACUUGAACGAGAGAAGAGAAGAGUCCAGGUCACUGAUUACAGUGAGGCAGAUAACUGCACAUCUCAUGAAUGCAACCAGGAGUGUGUUUUGAAAGACGGAAAAACAGAACAACUAAAGCUCGAGCUUGAAAAGAAAGAUGCAGAAAUUGCAAAACUGAAAAAUGUAAUAACUCAAUGGGAGGCAAAGUGUAAAGAAGUGAAAACAAGAAAUGCACAGCUGCUGAAGAUGAUGCAACAAGGUGAAACGAAAGACAAAGCAGAAAUACUCCUACAGGUUGAUGAAUCUCAAACUAUCAAAGAUGAAUUAACCUUACAGGUAACCACCCUUCAUGUUGCAUUAGAGCAAGAAAAAUCCAAAGUGAAAGUACUGCAGGCAGAAUUAACAAAAUAUCAGAGUGGGAAAAAAGGGAAAAGGCACUUAAAAUCUGACCAGUGCAGCUGA